AAAGAAAAUGUGUCACUGUGCGUAGAUCAGGCAGACGAAAGAAGAAAGAAGAUAACCAGGCAGACACACGAAACAUUAGAAAGAGAUAAAGGUCGCAGGGGAAGGAAGGCAAGCCACACGGAGCCGACAAAAGGACAAAUAAGAGGAACAAAAUUAUCUCCAGCUGGCAAUGGCGGGGCAGUCUGCGCAUAAUUUUAGCCGCUUCGUGCACUGGGGCAGGAACGUGGUGGCGGUGGGCAGGAACUACAGGGACCACUGUGCAGAGCUUGGUAACCCCGUGCCCACCAAGCCCAUGCUGUUCAUGAAGCCCCCAUCCAGCUACCUUGAAGAGGGAACGGGGCCCAUCUUGAUCCCUCGAGGCUGCAAAAACUUUCAUUAUGAAGUCGAACUUGCCGUGGUGAUUGGGGAGACUUGCCGAGACGUGGCCGAGAGCGAGGUGGCAUCAAAGGUGGCCGGCUAUGCCCUUGCCCUUGACAUGACGGCUAGGGACUUCCAGGAGGAGGCCAAGAAGAAGGGCAACCCUUGGACGAUGGCCAAGUGCUUCGACACGGCCCUCCCCAUAUCCCGGUUCAUCCCCAAGGAGGAGUUGAAGGACCCGGCCAAUGCGAGGAUUUGGUGUAAGGUGAACGGCGAAUCACACCAGGAUGGCAACACCUCUGACAUGGUGUUCCCGGUGCCCACGCUGAUCGCCUACAUCACCCGCUACUUCACCCUGCAACCUGGUGACCUGGUGCUGACGGGGACUCCAGCGGGGGUGGGGCCGGUCAACCCUGGAGACACGCUGACAGCCGGCCUGGGGGACUUCCUCACUAUGGAGUUUUCUGUGGCCCAGCGGGAGUGACGGAGUGAGAGGGAAGGAGUGAGUGAGAGGGAGGGAGUUAUAGCCAUCCAUUUCAUGAAGGCAGUUUGGUUGUGGUUGAUCAAGAAUUUAAUGAAUGCAGAAAUUUAUAAAUCUUCAAUUCUAAACAAUUUCUUAUUUUUGGCUGUUAAGUACUUAUACAUAAAUUUUGAAUUAUCUGAAUAGAUUUAAUUCUGUCAAAAUAGUCAUAUAGUUUGUUUUAAUGAUUUAUUUAUUGAUGAAAACAGUGAAGGUAAAGUUGGGGGCAUACCCGUACACUGUAGCUACGAUUCCAUGAAAAUUCCACCCAAGAAAAUUCCACCAAUGAAAGUUUUUAAACCUGUUGUUUGCAUUAUUACCAUUUAUCAUUUGUGGGUGGAACUUUCUUGGGUGGAAAUUUACAUGGGUGAAAUUUUCUUGGGUGGAAUUUUCUGGGUGGAAUUUUCUAGGGUGGAAUUUUCUGCACACUGUAGCUACGCAUGGCUGUGGUGCUCAUCAUACUGUUGACCCUUUGAGCCUGUGGGGGGUUAAAAUCCACUACCCCGGGACUCAGGCCACAGCAUACCUUCCCUAGGUGUCCCCAGGUACUCAUUUAUCGAGCAGCCUGAAUGGGAGAAAGAACAGCUGAUGGUUGUAGGUUUGAGGGAGCCACACCUUAAGUGCCUUCAUAAAGAAUAUAGUGUGGGGUAAGAGAGUGAGGUUUUGAGGGUGAGUGUUAGCAUCCCUAGAGAAUGGAAGGAGUGAAUGAGGCAAUAAAGAGAUGAAGAGGGAAUGGAGGAAAAGAAAAGGAUGGGGAGAUAGUGAGGAUGCCUAGUACCCCUGGAUCAGUGGUUUGUCUGCCUCUAUUUCCUUUUGUCACUUUUCUUCAUGUGUGUGUGUGUGUGUGUGUGUGUGUGUGUGUGUGUGUGUGUGUGUCAAGUAGAUGUGAUACAGAGGUUAUAUUGAAAACUUGAAAUGAGAAAGAAAUAUGUAAGUUAUGCAGCUCAAAUAUUACUCUUUAUGGGUGUUGGUGAUAGGGUUGUGUGCUUUAAAUUAUGUAAAGAAUUAUAUCUCCAUAGAAUUGUUAUGUAUAUAUAGAGUUUAUCUUACAAACUUUUAUCCUCCUCGAUCCUCCUCUUCCACCUUCUUCUCUUCUUCCUCCUCCUCUUUUUCCUCCUCUCUUUCCCCUCCUCCUCCUUUCCCCCUCCCCCCCUCAUCUUCCUCCUCCUCUACUCCAUUCAUACACUCACUUUUGAUCAGUUUACAUAGAUUCACACAGAUAUCCAGACCAGUUCUCACUCUACCUCAGAGAAUGUACAAUCAACAUCAUGCAAUCUUCCUCUUGAGGCCUUGUGAGUCUUCCAAUGUUUAUAUGCAAAAUAAUAAUAAUGUUGAUAAUGAUAAUAGUGAAAAGUCAAGCAUAUGCAUCUGUGUUCUGCAGUCCCUGGUUUCUAAAUAUGGGAAUAAAUGAUACGUUUGA